UGAGCAUAGAGGAAGUGAACAUGUGGCCCAGCAAGGAUGGAAAACAACCCUUCACAGCUUUAAUCAAGAAACCUCAGAAACAAGAGAUCGAAGAUGGAGCAGAAACAAAAUAUUUCUCAUUGGAUUACCUCGAAGUAUUCCGAAAGUCUCUCGAAGAACCGGAGGUACUAUGGGGCGAAGUAGGAUCAUUGCUGCACUGGUAUACACCAUGGACCAAGGUUCUGGACAACACGGAUGAACCAUUCACGAAAUGGUUUGUCGGAGGAGAACUGAACGCGUGCUACAACGCAGUGGAUAGGCACGUUGAAGCCGGUAAAGGGAACAAGACUGCGCUGAUCCACGACAGCCCCCUGUCCAAUGUCGUCCGGAGGGUCACCUACUCGGAACUACAGAAGAAGGUAUCUCUACUGGCUGGGGCACUAGCGAGGAGUGGGGUUAAGAUGGGGGAUAGAGUGGUGAUAUACAUGCCAAUGAUACCGGAGACAAUCAUGGCUAUGCUGGCUACUGUCAGGCUUGGAGCUAUCCACUCUGUCGUCUUUGGAGGAUUCGCCGCAAGGGAACUGAGUACGAGAAUAGACCACGUAGAACCAAAAGUUAUAAUUUCUGCUAGCUGUGGUAUUGAGCCCAACAAAAUAAUCAGAUACAAGGACAUCCUGAACGAGGCAAUAAGACUGUCCACUUGGAAACCGAGGAAGGUGAUCUUGUUCCAACGAAGGGAGGUGGAGUGCUGCCCCCUCGACCACCCGCGGGACGCAGACUGGGAAGAGGAACUGGCCAAUGCGGAGCCACAUCCUUGUGUACCGGUGGAAUCCAACCAUCCUCUCUACAUUCUCUACACAUCCGGAACAACGGGCCAGCCGAAGGGGAUCGUCCGCCCCACUGGGGGUCACAUCGCCACCCUCGCCUGGACGAUGAAGGCCAUCUACGGUAUCUCAGGGGACGACGUGUGGUGGACAACCUCAGACAUGGGAUGGGUCGUCGGCCACAGCUACAUUUGCUACGCCCCCCUGACUGCCGGGGUCACGUCAGUUAUGUACGAAGGCAAGCCCGACAGAACUCCUCAUCCUGGCCAGUACUUCAGAAUAAUCCAGGAGCAUAAGGUUACCGCAAUUAUCACUGCCCCUACAGCGUUGCGAGUAAUAAAGAAAGUCGACCAACAUUUGCAAUUCGGAAGUAACUACUCAACGAAAUCGCUUCGACACUUGUUCGUAGCAGGUGAGCAUUGCGACUAUGAAACAAAGCAGUGGGCGGAAAAAGCGUUUAAGGUUCCAGUACUGAACCAUUGGUGGCAAACCGAGACAGGGCAUGCUAUAACCGCCAACUGCGUAGGCCUUGGUCACUCGCUACAGCCUCCCAAGUUCACAAGUGGUUUUCCCUUCCCUGGUUAUGACGUGAAGGUCCUGAGAGAAGAUGGAUUGGAAUGUUCCUGCGGCGAACAAGGCAGGAUCACGGUCAAACUGCCACUGCCUCCUGGGACGAUGGCCACGCUCUACAAGGACACUCAGAGGUUCUUAGCCACCUACUUCUCAAGAUAUCCAGGGUAUUACGACACCAUGGACGCUGGGUACAAAGAUGAAAACGGUUAUGUUUACGUGACAGCCAGGGAUGACGAGGUGAUAAACGUGGCCGGCCAUCGCCUGUCCACCGCAGCACUGGAGGACGUAGUCUUGCAGCACAAGGACGUCGCGGAUGCUGCCGUCGUCGGAGUACCCGAGGCAACCAAGGGAGAAGUUCCUUUGUGCCUCUAUGUAAUGAAGCCAGGUUGUAAAUCAACGGAAGAAGAAACUAGUGUAGCAUUAGUUAACAUGGUUCGUAGACUUAUAGGUCCAAUAGCAGCGCUUAGACAAUGCGUUGCAGUCUCUGCCUUGCCGAGAACUAGAAGUGGUAAAACAGCGAGAAAAUCUAUAGCUGAUAUGGCCAGGGACAAACCAGUUAAGAUAUCAAGCACAAUUGAAGAUCCUAGUGUGUACAAAGAAAUCAAAGCUGCUCUUCAAAAAGUUGGUUAUGCAAAAGCUGCUCCAGAUCCCCAAUAGGACAUUUUAUUACAUUAAUCAAAAAAUAUCUCUAUCUCGUCCACACAAUUCUUUUUUAAUCAUUAGUAAUCCUCAUGAGCUAAAAUAUUCAGUAUUUUUUCUUUAUUUUCAUAUGAUUGAUUAUAAUAAUGUUCUAUACUAGUCAUAAACAAAUAUCUUAAUAUAACUCGUAGAAUUCUUUCUCAAUUAUAUUCCAAAUAAUAUAGCUAUGAGAAUAAAUCCUAACAGAGUUUUCCCGAUAUUUUUGUUUGAUAUAAUAAGGCUUUGAAGUUCGAUUUCUUUGCAAUGCUGUGAUACUAAUUAUCUAUGAAUUUAUAAUUUAUUGCAUAAAAUUAAAAAAACUUCCACUCAGCUAAAUCGUCAUAUUUAUGUUUUCUCCAGAUUUUAUGAGCAAAAAAACAUUUAAAAACCAGUGCAGGAAAAAAUAUACAAUAGUUUUCAAUAAGAUUUCUACAUCCAAAUUAAAUGUCAUAACCGCUAGAUAAGAGUAAAUGUCCUUCCUGUAGUAACGUUUUUCUUUUUAGUAAUUUAUGAAAGUGAAGCAUAUUUUCAUUAGAUUAAUUGUUCUAUAUUAUAUAAAUUAUAUUUAUGUUUCAUAAUAAAUGGUAUUUAAUU